ACACAAUGGAGCGCUGAGCGCGGCUGCCCCGGCCGCCGGAGGAAACGGCCGCCGGCUUCCUCCGCACGGCCCGGCCCGGCACGGCCCCGCGGGACAUGGGCACGGCUGCGGAGGGCGAGCGCAGCGCCGGCCCCGCAGCCCACCGCUCCGGGCUGGCGCGGCCAAGGCGGACACCGCGGCACCCCAUAGCUGCCUUUGGGACCCCGGCAGCCUCCCACCCUCGCCUGGAGCUGGCUCUGCUUCAUGGAGAGCUGCCACCUGCUGACUCACGCCGCCAGAGCUUCAGCCCAGAUGAGGAGUGGCCAGAGGCAGAGAAGGCUGAGAAGCUGGCCAGAGGAGCUGCUCUGAAAUGGGCUUCGGGGGUGUUUUACCGGCCCGAGAAGCUGGAAGGGCUGGGGCAGUACCGCAGCCGGGAGACGCAGCGGAACCGCUCCAUCCAGUCCCGCCUCAAGUCCACCGUCCAGUCCUACCUGGAGGGGGUGAGCGCGGGGCUGGAGCAGCUGCGGUCGGCGGCGCGGGAGGUGCAGAGCGUGUGCCAGGAGCUGGGGGCAGCGCGCUGGGCGCUGCUGGAAGGCGCAGAGCGGGGCCAGGGCCUGCGGCACAUGCGGGCGCUGAUGGCAGAGCACGUGCAGCUGGCCUCGGUCGUCCAGGUCCUGCCCCAGCUCUUCUCAGUGCACGAGGUUUACACGCACACGCUGCAGCUGCUGCGCGGGCAGCGCUUGCUGGAGGCCCACGCCGAGCUCAUGAUGGUGGAACACCUCCGGGACGACAUCCUCUCCCAGCUGCACCUCCGUGGGCUCCACAGUGCCCAGGCCACCGUGCUCUCCUAUUUCAGUGGCCUGCAGGAGCUCAAUGAGAGCCUGGCCCAGCAGCUGUGGGCCAUCGUGGGCAGCAGCCUGCGGCUGGUGCGGGAUGACCCCGUGCUCUUCGUCACCGCUGUGAGGAUCAUCGAGAGGGAGGAGAAAAUAGAUGACAGCCUGCUCCUGGAGGCUUCCUUCCUACCCCCUGGCCGCCCAAAGGGCUGGAGGCAGAAGUUCUACCACGUCCUCCAGGCCACCAUCACAGGGAGCCGCUUUGGUGCAGCGCCAGAGGCGGAGGGGCCGGGGCUGGCCGGGCACCUGGCGGCGCUGCAGAGGGACGUGGUGGCGGAGCUGUGCGUGGUGAAGGAGCUGAUGGUCCAGUGUGUCCCUCCUCACUACAACAUCCUCAGCAUCUGCACUGCUACCUACCACCAGGCCCUGGCCAGCCACCUCCAGGACAUGCUCCGAGAGGACCUGGACAAGCAGGGCUUGUUCCUCCUGCUGGAGUGGGCGCUCCGUGUGUACCCCAGCCCGCAGAUGAUGGGUCACCCUGACCUGCUCCCAGAUGUGGAUGUUUCUGCUCUGGGUCCCUUGCUGUCGCCUGAGCUCAUGGAGCAGACGGAGAGGAAAUACGUGGUGAAAGUCAAGGCCAGCGUGCUCGAGUGGAUGCAGAGAACCCUGGAGGUGGAGUUCAAGGAGUGGUUCAGGGAAGAAGAACCCGAGACUGAUCACCAGGGCUUCUUCCAGUCAGCCCUGCCUGUCAUUGUCAUGCAGAUGCUGAAUGAGAAUAUCCAGGUGGCUUCCUUGAUCACCGACUCUCUGCAGCAGAAAGUCUACAACAUGGCCUUGGAGGAGCUGGAAGCGUUUCUGGGCCGCGUGCGGGAGGCCCUGGUGCAGUGCGGGAAGGAGCACCAGAAGGACCGAAGCAUCCCCAAGUACUACGUGUCCUACCUGCUGGCCAUGCUCAACAACAACCUGGCUCUCAGCUCCUCUGUCUCCUCCCUGCACCCCGACUCUGCCCGCAGGGAAGUCCCCGCAUCCCUCCAGGCUGCUCUGGACAGGACACAGAAGAAAGCUUGUCAGCUGCUGCUGGAGGAGCUGCUCCUGGACCUGCAGCCCCUCUGCCUGCAGCUGCCCUCCCGCAAGUGGCUCUCGGGGUCGCAGCUGGUCAGCAGCAUGUGUGAGGUGAUUGACAAGUACACAAAGGACUUCUCCCACGUCAGGAAACCUGUCUUCACGGUCCUGCUGGCAGAGAGCGAGCUGCUGGUGGCCAGCCAGUACCUGAGGGCACUGAUGCAGAAGAAGAUGGUGUGCAAGAGCGAGGAGGAGCGGGCUCAGCUCGGUGAGCGCCUGCUGCAGGAUGCCACACAGCUCCAGGAGCUCUUCUGUGGCCUGGGCCUGGAGCGCAGCCAGCAGAGCCUGGAGGCCGUGUUUGCUCUGAGGGAGCUGCUCUGCCUCAAAGACCCAGCACUGCUGAGCCUGGAGGUGCUGGGCUUCAGCACCAAGUACCCCGAUGUCAGUGACGAGCACAUCUCCACCUUGCUGGACCUUCGAGGUGAUGUCUCCAAGGAAGUGAGGCACAUGGUGCUGGAGAUGAUGGCUCAGCACCCCCAGGUCCUGCCCCAGGGCUACAGACCCAUCUUCAGCACCAUCCUGGUGCCCGCGCCGGAGCUGCCCUUCUGCCUUCGCAAGGGCAAGUGUGCCUGAGCCCCAGCCACGGCGUGGGCCUGCCUCUGGGACAGCCUGGCCCCUGCAAGCACCAGUCCUGGGACAGCUGGGGCAGAAGGAAAAGCAUCAGCCCUGUUGUUACCCCGCUGAGGCAGCUGCCAGGGAUGCUCCUGGCUGGCAGGCAAAGGAGGAGCCGCAGAGCGAAGGGCAGGAGGCUGCAGCUGGGGUGAGUCUGUGUCUCUGCAGAGGCAUCUGGGUCUCCCCAAGUCCCCAGAGCCAGCAUGUCCUGCCCAUGCAGCCCCUUAGUGCCCCAGCUCCCAGGCAGUGGAGCCUGGCUACACUCCAGCUCACAGGAGGGUUUGAGCCAUGGGAGGUCUUCCUCUGGUCUGGCUCAGCUCAGAGGUCUGGUGCUGCUGCUCCACCAAGCCUGGGCCCUGCAUGGAUGGGGGAAGAGCUGCUCCUCUGGCUCCUCGUGGCUGCAGGGGAGGGCACAGGGGGUCUCACUGCCAUCAGCCCUGUCAGCAGGGACAGCUCUGAGCUCCUGCUGACCUGCCCAGCCCCUGGCCUCGGCUGCUCUGGCAGCUGGGGCAGGACUGGAGGCUGGGACUCUCCAGCCCCGUGGACAGCAGGGACGUGCUGAUGGACUGAGCAUCCUCCUCUCCCAAGUUCCUCCAUGACCAUCAGCACCAGCCCAGGCACUGGCUCUUCCUCCAUCCCCUGCUGCACUCCAGCCCUUGGGCAUCUCCAGCCCAGGUGCCACGUGAAAGAUGAGGAGCAAAGUCUGUCCCCUUGUGCCCAGCUCUGGGAGACCUCCAUGCUCUGCUACGCUCCUGCUUUGGGUUGGGCCAGAUCCUGCUGUCCUUGCCUGGCACCACUGCCAGAAAUAAAGGCUCUGCAAUCAC